GUGUGUGUUUGGCAGCACCAGAGUUUUCUGGGUUUCCGCCUGAUCGCCUGGAAGUUGUAAGUGUUUUAGAAGCCACGUUGACUAAAGUUGCCCAACCCCAGCCCCAGCUCAGCUCCUGUUGUUCUCCUGUGUGUGUGUGUGUGUGUGUGUGCGUAAAAAAAAAUAGCAACUGCUCCCCAAUCCAUCACCUCUUGAUGGCUCCCAUGGGGAUCAAAGUGUCCCACGGUAGGGUAGCCGUCUGCCUGCUGCUAGCCGCUGCCGCGCUUUACAUCUUCUGCGUAAAGCGCGGGAUGCCAAGGGCCAGCAGCAUCAGCAUCUUUUCCUCCCCCUCCGACUCCGACUCCGGCGGUCCAAGCCUCCGCAUUGACCUCCGCCAGCUCCUGUCGCUGUCCAUCGCGGCGGCCGAAGAAGGGGGCAGAGCGGUCAAGGAGGUCAAGGAGAAGAGGGCCCUGGACGAGAAAUCCAAAGGCAAAACCAAGGAAGGUGCCGAGGAGAUGGUGACCGCAGGAGACUUGAUGUCCCACAGGAAGAUGGCCAGUCUGUUCGCCAAUGCUUUCCCGAAUGUGAAGGUGAUUUCUGAAGAGCACGACGACACUAAAUUAGACAAGACCCUCGUGUGGAAUUCCAAAGUUCCUAGUUUCAUCGAGGAAAGCAUAGUCGAUGCCAAGAUGGUGCCAGCGGAAAGCAUCACAGUGUGGAUUGAUCCAUUGGAUGCAACGCAGGAAUACACAGAGGAUCUGAGACACUUUGUAACAACUAUGGUCUGCGUGGCCGUCGAUGGUAAACCAGUUAUUGGAGUUAUACACAAACCGUUUUCAAAAUAUACCGCUUGGGCUAUGGUUGGAGGUGCAUCAAAUGUUCAUAAGCGAAAAUCCUACAAUGAGAAAUCUCCUACAGUAAUUGUUUCCAGAUCUCACGCAGGAACUGUGAAAUCUUACUCGACUGUUGCUUUUGGAAAUGGAACUUCCAUUAUUCCUGCAGGAGGAGCAGGGUACAAAGUUCUCUCGCUCUUGGACAUUGAGGAAGCCAGCCAGCUUCAUCACGCAGACCUGUACAUCCACGUGACCUUCAUUAAGAAGUGGGAUAUCUGUGCUGGGAACGCCAUACUGGAGGCUUUGGGAGGUCAUAUGACCACCAUUGAAGGGGGCAGCAUCGAUUACAAAGACUCUCCCUCCAAUAGCGGAGGUCUUGUAGCCACUGUUGGGAUGGAUCACGAAGCACUGCUCAAGAAACUUCCCGGUCUCACCCCAAAAAAAGACCCGAAGACACCAUAAACGAUUGGGGGCGGGAAAAAAAAGACACGAUUGCUUUGGUUUGCAUCUUAUGGCCAGUCUUUUUAAGGGGGUGAGGUGGGGGGGGGGUCAUGAAAAAUUUCAGCACAAUAUUCCCUUUCAUAAACACUGGUGAAAUUUACCUCCAGCUACCAGCCACUCACGGCAUUUCUUUUGUGGCUGUAGAAUUUGACAACACUGUUCUGUGAACCUGAUGCCCUCCACCCCCUCCUCCCCCCAAAAAAGCAGAUUUGCAAAUAAUGUACUUUAUUCCAUCAGGGUCUCGUCUCGCUACUGUCGCUGUUUCCUACUUUACCUCGUUUUACACGGAAAUUUAUGAAGCUAGCAAUUACCGCUCUCUUCGUCAGAACUGCAAAGUUCUGUGCAACAGGAGCAGUUGUUGAGUAGAAUACGUUGUAAGUACAGUGGCCGGGUGCACUAAUGCUCUUCAGUUGAGUGGGAGGAUAGGAGGUGGGUUUGCUUGCAAUUAUCCAUGUGGGAAGGUGAUAGGUAGAGGUUGUGAGUGGAUUGAAUCUCUUGAACAUGUAUCCUAGUAGCUAGUUGUUGUCUGAGCAGUAGAACGGUGGCUAAUGUGUUGAGGGAGUGGGUGGGAAAGGGUUUGAGGUGGACCUUCCCUUUUGAAGUGAGUGAUCCUUGACCAGGAUAUUUGCAUUGCGCUGGUAUUGAAUUUUUUUGUCAAAACUGUUUAUACAAAUGCUGUACAGGAGCUUCUCGUUGUGUGGCCGUUUGCGUUGAAUUCUCUUAAAGGGGAAGUUUACAAUCGCUUCGGUCUUGCUUUUACAACUGGCAUAAAAUUCAAGUUACAGCUCCUUUAGACUUGAUUUUUCUUUUACAUUGCAUCAAAUGAUUUGAGAAAUAUGUUCGUUUUUCGGUUUAACUGAAGUUAUUGAAGAAUGGUACCUGUUUUAUCUGUUUAACUGAUUUUAAUAUGUGUCCCCCAAUCUGAUCUUUGAUAACAGUUGCUGAGGAACAAUGGGGAAGUGAUUUAAGUUGUUUGAAUGGUGGAUAGAUUGGUGAGCUACUGAGAAUCAUUUAUUUCGAAUAAAUUCUAGGAAUCGAC